AUGGCUUUGGAACCGAUAAAUGAGGGCCUGUUGUCUAGAAUCUCGGAUCUUUUGCUGUGCAGAUGGACCUGUCGCAACUGUUGUCAGAAGUGCUACGAGUGCAGCUGUUGCCAGUCCAACGAAGACGAGGUGGAAAUCCUGGGGCCUUUUCCAGCCCAAACCCCUCCCUGGUUGCUAAGCAAUCGAAGUGAAGACAAAAAUGGCAACACGGAUAACGCAACGGGUGAACCACCCCCAACCCCUCAGAAUGUUUCACUGGACAGAAGACGGUCGUCCACGGAGACCUCCCGUUCCACUUACAGCCUUACAAGACGAAUUUCGAGUCUAGAGCUGAGGAGACCAAGUUCUCCCCUGGUUGACAUUAAGCCCAUCGAGUUUGGAAUUCUAGGCUCCAAAAAGGAGAUUGUCCAGCCCAGCAUCCUGCGGAAAACCUACACUCCGGAUGAGUAUUUUAGGAAAUUCGAGCCAGGACUGUAUUCCCUUGAUUCAAAUAACGACGAUCUGGAUUCCUUGACGGACGAAGAGAUCUUAGCCAAGUAUCAGCUGGGGAAGCUCCAUUUUAGCACUCAGUACGACCUCUUGCACAACUAUCUCAUCGUCCGGGUCAUUGAAGCCAAGGACCUGCCUCCCCCCAUCUCCUACGAUGGCGCCAGGCAAGACAUGGCCCACUCAAACCCCUAUGUGAAGAUCUGUCUCCUUCCCGACCAGAAGAACUCAAAGCAGACGGGGGUCAAGCGUAAGACCCAGAACCCCAUCUUUGAAGAGAGGUACAUGUUCGACAUCCCGUUUUUGGAAGCUCAGAGGAGGACUCUGCUCUUGACCGUGGUGGAUUUUGACAAAUUUUCACGCCACUGUGUCAUCGGGAAGGUGUCCAUGCCGUUGAGUGAGGUGGACCUGGUGAAGGGCGGCCACUGGUGGAAAGCGCUGGUGCCCAGUUCUCAGAACGAAGUUGAGCUGGGAGAGCUUUUGCUCUCAUUAAACUACCUUCCCAGUGCGGGGAGACUCAAUGUGGACAUAAUUAGAGCAAAGCAGUUACUGCAGACUGAUAUGAGCCAAGGGUCAGAUCCCUUUGUGAAAAUCCAGCUUGUUCAUGGGUUAAAGUUAGCCAAGACCAAGAAGACCUCCUGCAUGAAGGCCACCAUCGACCCUUUCUACAACGAGUCCUUCAGCUUCAAGGUGGCACAAGAAGAACUUGAAAAUACUAGUCUGGUUUUCACAGUCUACGGCCACAACGUGAAAAGCAGCAACGACUUCAUCGGGAGAAUUGUCAUUGGCCAGUAUUCGACAGGCUCCUCAGAGUCCAAGCACUGGCGACGGAUGCUCACCUCCCACCGUACCGCUAUUGAGCAGUGGCACAGCCUCCGCUCGCGAGCCGAGUGUGACCGAGUCUCGCCAGCUUCCCUGGAGGUGACGUGA